UCUUUGGAACAAAUGGUUUCUGUGAUAAUAUAAUUAGUCAGGUUGCUGGAAAGUGCACGGAGAGAUAUUUUCACGGUGCCCGUUUGGCUGUUAGUCACAGUAUUCAGUCAGAAAGAAAUACGGAAGGCGUGUUGCGCUACCGUUGUAGCUACUCGCACUGUGCGGAAGACAUCGUUGACGUUGGAAUACAUUUUAGUAGCCGUUCGACGUGUGGAAAUUAAUUCAAUGUCUGCCUAAAGUUUGCGAUGGGGUCGCCUUUCAAGUGUAAAGAUUUCUAGUUUCCGCUUAGAAGAUUAGUAUUAUUAUGUCAGAAGUUAAAAGCAAGGAAACUGCCACGAUGGAGGGUUGUCAAGAAGGGGGCGAAGAGGAAGGUACGAUGGUUGCCGAGAGGGUCGAAGAUAAGGUCAGUAUUCAACAGAUCCUCGAGGGCAUGACGAAUGAAUUUAACAAGAGCGUGAGCCCGACAAAAAAUGCUGAAAUUAAUCGAUCGGAGAUGUCGGAUCACGAGGAAGUUGAAAAACCGGUGGUGGCUCCUGACGAAGUUCCAGCAAUCGAGUUGGAACCCGUCGAAAAUAAAGAUGAGGAGGUAGUUCCUACGAAACAAAAUACUAGCCCUAGUCCGGUAACAAUAGACGAAAAUCAUAAAGAGGAUGAGAAUAUUGGUAAACAAGAAAUUUCGAAAAAAGAUAGCAAUGGAAUACCGCGUAUCGUUCUUACGUUUAGGACAAUCGACGAGAAUACCGAUCACGGUAAAAAAACGAAGAUAUCAAGCUGUUCCUCCAACCUUACUUUAGUUCCUGAUGAAUUGGUAAAUUGUGAUCAGAUUGGCGGUGUUUCUGUAAAGAUCGAGAACUCUGAUGAGAAUUCUGAUAUUAUUGAGAAGUCGGACUCAGAGGAAGGCAAAGUGGAAGAACCACCCAAAGAUACUGAAAACAAAGAACCAAAGAUGGACACAGAAGACACAAAUGUAACAAAAGAUGAUACUGAGGUAGUGGCAGAAGUGAAAACCGUAGUUUCUGAGGAAAAAGCAAAAGCUGAUGAAGCAGAUGUAACUGUAGAACCUGCAGAACCUGCAGAACCUGUAGAACCUGUAGAACAGGUGGAUCAAGCGGACAACACAGUCCCCAUUACUAGGAAGAGAAGAAUAGGACGACCUAGAUUAAGAGCACUUAGUGACCAGACAGAGGAAUCUCCAGGUCCUAAGCGUUCAGCAAGGAGAUUGUGCAAAGAAUCAUUGAAGAGUACAGUAUUAGAGAGUGCAAUGGCAAGAAAAGAAAAGUCUAAUUACACGGAGGAAAAUUUGCAGUUUAAAAAACAAAGGAAAUAUAAUAAACCAGGGAGGCCGAAGAAAGUGAUCCAAGGAAAAGAUCAGAAUAAGCAAGCACAAACCAAGCCUCCCGAUAUACGUCAGGAAGCAGAGACUUCCAUUACAGAUGGAAACAGCAGUCUUUCUGAGGUAAACACAGCAUUAGAAUGUUCUAGAAAUUCAUCUAUGUCAGAGAGUAAUGCAAACGAAGCAAUCUUGGAUGAAUCUCAAAAUUUUUCAUCCGACUUUGAUGGUAUGCCAAAAUUGUCCCCUAUGAUAAAAAGCUCAGAAUCACAAACAAAACUGAGUAACUCAAUUGGCAGCCCCACGAGCGAUGAUGCACCACUAACAGAUAUUGAAAAGCCAUUUUUAAAACCUGCCACUGGUAGACCUAAGCGAGAGAGAGGUCGACCUAGAGGAAGUCAGGGUGCAAGGAAAAUAGCAAAGGCAGAUUUAUUUGAAGAUGGAUCUGCAUCGAUAGCAGAGACAGGCAAAAACAAUGAUUAUCCUGAAGAAGGCACUGUACCUGCUAAAAGGACAAGGAGAAGCAUGGCUCCAAGUCCCAGUCCUGCAGAAGGACAAGCUUCAAAGCCAGAGUCAACAGCAAUUAUGAGUGAACCAUAUGGUCAAUCGAUGCUAUGUUUGUGUCAAAUACGAUCGCAACUCUAUGUAACGAUAACGGGUUCUGGAGCACCGUUGUAUUGUACCGCGAUAGAUUCUAUCGACAAUAGAUUGGUAGGAUGCUGCAACGAGGUGGAUAGCAACGACGUUGCAAUGAGAAGACCUAGUACACGCGUUCCGUUUAUAAUUUUGUGUCGAAUGCACAAGGAGAGACUGCUCAGACACAAUUGUUGCCCUUCCUGUGGACUGUUUUGUUCCCAAGGAAGGUUCGUGCAGUGCGUUAAUGGUCACCAGUAUCACCGUGAAUGUGAAGUUUAUCCAAAUAAAAAAGGGGUAUGUCCACAUUGUGGAAGCGAAAGUACCGCGUACGAUGUAAUGAUUACCAUGAGCGGUCUACGAAAACCUGUGUUCAUUCCUACUCGUAAAAAAUUUUCGAAACUGCCCUCCGCAAAAAUAAGUCUGCCCGGGAAAGGUGACAACACAAAAUUGGCAGAGCGUCCCCCAAGCCCUUUGAUUCAACCCGAUGUUAUUAAAAUACCCGAACCAUCUGUUCAUUCCGAGAGACCAGAACGUUACACUAUCAUGAGUCUUUACACAUCUGUAAAAAAUGGCGAUUUAGAGAAGUUGGUUAAUGUUUUAGCAUGUGGCUACAAUGCAAACCAUACAUUCCGCGAUUAUGCUCAUAGAACUGGACUCCAUAUAGCCGCGGAUAAGGGCCACUUAUCCUGUGUACAUGUAUUGGUACAAGCUGGUGCUCAAUUAGACGUGAUGGAUAGAAAUCAGUUAACUCCUCUGAUGCUAGCCGCUAGCAAGGGUAAAGCUGACGUAGUAAAAUACUUAAUAAGAAUAGGUGCUGAUGUUACAUUGAAAGGAGAAGAUGGUAUGACCGCUUUGCAUAUGGCUGCCAAAUCUGGCCAUUUGGAAGUUUGUCGGAUAAUUUUGACGGAAUGUAAAGCGCCAAGAACAUUAGUAGAUUCGGUGGAUGAUGGCGGUUGGACGAGUUUAAUUUGGGCAUGUGAAUUUUGUCAUGCCGAUGUAGCACGAUUUUUGAUUGACAAAAAAUGCGAUCCUUUAAUCCGUGACGCGGAACAGAAUAUAGCAUUGCAUUGGAGUGCUUUCAGCGGAAGUUCCGAAAUUACAGAAAUGCUUCUUAACGAAGGUUGUGAUGUGAAUGCUGUUAACGUCCACGGCGACACGCCUUUGCAUAUAGCUGCGAGACAAGAUCAGUAUGCUGUUAGCGUUCUGUUAUUAGCUCGAGGUGCCAAGAUAGGUGAAGUUAAUACCGCUGGAGAAACAGCAGUACAUUGUUGCACGAACGAUGGAGAUACUAUGUCUGCUUUAAGAUUAAAUGCCAAAGUUAAUGAACUUUCUGAACAUAUGUGGGAAAAAACAUGAUAUCUCACGCGGUAAAGAAACAAAUCCGAUUCAAUGCGUUAAUGGAUAUGAUUCCGAGGAUAAGCCUACAGAUUUCCUGUACGUGACUGAGAAUUGUUUUACUAGUAGUAUAAAUGUUGAUCGCACUAUAACGUCUUUACAGUCUUGUCGAUGUGAAGAUAAUUGCAGUUCGGAAAAGUGUUUGUGUGGAAAUAUAAGUUUAAGGUGUUGGUACGACGAAGAAGGGAAACUAAUUCCAGAAUUUAAUUAUACAGACCCUCCGAUGUUAUUCGAGUGCAAUCCAGCGUGCGACUGUAAUCGCAUAACGUGUAACAACAGAGUUGUUCAACACGGUUUGACGCAAAGAUUCCAAUUAUUUAGAACGCAAGGAAAAGGUUGGGGUCUUCGGACAUUGCGACACAUUCCCAAAGGUUCCUAUGUAUGCGAAUAUGUGGGCGAGAUCAUUUCCGAUUCUGAAGCUGAUCAUCGAGAAGACGAUUCAUACCUUUUCGAUUUAGAUAAUAGAGAUGGCGAAACCUAUUGUAUCGAUGCGAGACGAUAUGGAAAUAUUGCUCGUUUUAUAAACCAUUCUUGUGCGCCUAAUCUCUUGCCAGUGCGAGUGUUCGUUGAGCAUCAAGACUUGCACUUUCCUAGGAUAGCAUUUUUCGCGAAUCGCGAGAUCGAGGCAGACGAAGAGCUCGGCUUCGAUUAUGGGGAGAAAUUCUGGAUAAUAAAAUGCAAGUCAUUCACGUGUACCUGUGGAGCCGAUAACUGCCGAUACUCCGAGAAGACUAUACAAGUUACAUUGGACAACUACCGUAGAAAAAUACAGCAAGAAGAAAUGCUGGCAGCUCAAUAGUCGUAAAACAAUUUAGCUAAUUUUAUGUUAGUCUAUCUUAAUUAUCACUUUAAUGUUCUUCCUUCUUUUUACGCGAGGGUUUUUAAUUGAGAAUUUUCCAAAUCUCGAUUGGUGCGAUCUUCGUAAGUGGAUCGUAAAUGUUGAAAGAGUACAAGUACAAAAUGGUGGUGGGAUUUAGAUACGUUGCGAGGAUUAUUUAAAAGAAUCUGACAUUUUGUUAUUUUAACUAAGAAGGAAUUACGCUUUGUCUCUUCGAGUUCGCGAAGUCAAAUGAUUAUACCUCUCUAUUCUGUCGAUUAUUUUCCUAAGACGAAUAGAUUGUACGAGAUGUGCCACUUUAAAACUUUUCUUUUCUGUUUUUUUUUUUAGAAAAGUAAACGAUGUGCAUAAUAUAAAACUGUUAUAUAGUUUUUCGUACGCGAUGUACAGACUGUA